AUGAGCUCUGUGCCAGCGUUCCUGAGCGCGGCAGAUGUGCAGGACCACCUCCGCAGCUCCAGCCUACUCAUCCCGCCUCUGGAGGCGGCUCUGGCCAACUUCUCCAGCGGCCCCGACGGAGGGGUCAUGCAGCCGGUGCGCACCGUGGUGCCCGUGGCCAAGCACAGGGGUUUCCUGGGGGUCAUGCCCGCCUUCAGUGCAGCAGAGGACGCCCUGACCACCAAGUUGGUCACCUUCUAUGAGGGCCACAGCACCACCUCCACUGUCCCCUCCCAUCAGGCCACUGUGCUACUCUUCCAGCCGAGCGAUGGCUCCCUUCUGGCGGUCAUGGAUGGAAAUGUCAUAACUGCAAAGAGAACAGCUGCAGUGUCUGCCAUCGCCACCAAGUUUUUGAAACCCCCCAGCAGUGAAGUGUUGUGUAUCCUUGGAGCUGGCGUCCAGGCUUAUAGCCAUUAUGAGGUCUUCACAGAGCAGUUCUCCUUUAAGGAGGUGAGGAUAUGGAACCGCACCAAAGAAAAUGCAGAGAAGUUUGCGAACACAGUGCAAGGAGAGGUACGGGUCUGUUCAUCGGUUCAGGAGGCUGUGACAGGGGCAGAUGUGAUCAUCACAGUCACCAUGGCAACAGAGCCCAUUUUGUUUGGUGAAUGGGUGAAGCCCGGGGCUCACAUCAAUGCCAUCGGCGCCAGCAGACCUGACUGGAGAGAGCUGGAUGAUGAGCUCAUGACACAGGCUGUGCUGUAUGUGGAUUCCCAGGAGGCCGCCCUGAAAGAGUCUGGAGAUGUCCUCUUGUCAGGGGCCAAGAUCUUCGCUGAGCUCGGAGAAGUGGUAAAGGGAGUGAAACAAGCCCAUUGUGAGAAGACUACGGUGUUCAAGUCUUUGGGAAUGGCGGUGGAAGACAUGGUUGCAGCCAAACUUGUGUACGAUUCCUGGUCAUCUGGUAAAUAA